AUUUUUAGGUUUUUAUUUCAACAAUUCUUUAUCCUACUUCGAUUGCUUAAUGCGUGGCUUUAUGCACUGCAGGAAGACUUUGGAGACAAAACUGAGAUGGCAGCCAGGAAUGCUUUCAGGUAUGUUUCUCGUAGGCUCUCCAGCAGUGGCAAGGUGCUAGGCGAGGAGGAAAGAGCAGCUGAAAAUGUCUACAUCAAGAAAGUUGAGAAGGAGAAGUUGGAGAAGCUUGCACGUAAGGGUCCUAAGCCAGAAGAAGAAGCUGCAACAAGCUCUGGUGUGUCAGGAUCAGUAACUGAUGCUACUGCAAGUGCACAGACCUCCUCAACUCCCGGGGUAUCGGACGACAAGUAUCGCAACUAUGCUGUAGUAGCUGGACUAGUAACUGGUGUCGGUGCUCUCGGUUGGUAUCUUCUGUCAAAGGACAAGAAGGCUGAAGAAGUACAGGACUGAAGUGUUCAUUCAUAGUCAAGUAAAACAAAACAUGAUCAUGUAUCAAAACAUUUUCAUCUCAUGUCCUUUUGAUAUGUUUUCUACCCGCGGUAGGCGGCACAUACAAUAUCGCUUCCAUUUUAGAGCAUAUUGAAAAUUAAGUUUGAUCAGUGACUAUUAAGCUCGACUUCAAUGCUUG